AUGGAUAAACUAAGUAAAUCACUUGAAGUUUUAAAAUUACUUUCAACAACAACAUCAGAAACAUUAGUAGCAAAUAAUGAAAAAUCUCGAUUAGAUCCAAUAUCAAUAAGUAAAGAAAAAAUUCAUCAUCUAAAUAAUAUAACGGAUUUACUUUGUUCACCAUCAUUAAUUAAAGGUAACAAUGAUAAUUAUUUUAAAUUAGUUACAGCUAGUGUGGAAAUAUUAUUUACAACAUGUGAUGAAAAUGAUUGUGAUGUACGAUUAGCUGCUGAAGAAAAUCUUAAUAAACUUGUUAAAAAUUUAAAAGAAGCAAAUUUAACAAGAAUUCAAGUUGAAUUACAUCGAAUUAUAAAACGUAAUCCAAAUGUUGGACCAAGAGCUUUAAAAGGUGCUCUAUGGCGAUUUGCUGAAUUAGCAAAUGUAAUACAUCCAAAAAAGAUUCGACCAUUUUUUGAACAUUUAUCAGCAGCAUUUUGCUCAAUUGCUGUUCGUUCAGAAGAUAUUGUUCAUGAAAAAUUAUCAGAAUAUUAUGAACUUAUUUUUCGUAUUAUUGGUCGAUCGAUUAAUGAUAAAGAAAUAAAAGAACUUCUCAUGGCCUAUUUAGCAAAUAUGUCUCAUGAAUCUGCACUUAUUCGUCGUUCAUCAGCUGCUUGUCUUAUUAUUUUCACUCGUUAUUCUCGUUAUCCUAUGAUUAUAGCACGUUUUCUAAUGGCAAAUGCAAUUGAUCAAUUACUUGAACAUCAUAAUCAAAAUGAUAGUACACGUUUAAUAAUUGGUUAUCUUGGUUUAAUAAAAAAUAUUAUUCAAUUACUUGGUUUAAAUAUUGAAGAAUUUCAAUCAUCAUCAAACAAUAGUCAACAACCUAUAAAUACAAAUAAAAAUAUUGAUAUAAAUGAACAACAUCUUCCAAUUAAUAUUCGACAAAUACUUGAAUGUGUUGAUAUAGUAUGUUAUAUUUGUUUACAACAUAAUGAUCAUAAUGUUGUAUCAAGUUCAUUGGAAACACUUGAAAUUAUACUUAAAUAUUCAAAUUUAUUUGAUUUUGAUCAAUUAUUAAUUUCAACUCAAACUGGAUCUAUAGAAGAAACUCGUGUUAGUCAAGCAUUAAAAACAAUUUAUCCAACAUAUCAACGUUCAUUUAUUGAAAUAAAUGAACAACAAGAUAUUUUAGUCAAUAAAAUGAAUGAUGAAUUAGAUUCAACAUCAAUGAUUAAUAAUGAAAAACGAACAUCAGCUGCUAAACUUGUUGAACAACUUAUUUCAAAAUAUAUACUCAAUAUGGAUGGUACAAUAAAAAGUGAUGAUGAAUCACGUGUUAGUAUUAAAUGUGCUACACUAACAUGUCUAUCAUAUUUAUCAACAAUUGAUCCAUUUGCAUUUUUUGAUUCAUUUGAUUAUCCUACUGAAAUUAUUACAUAUCUUUUAUCUUUACGUGAACAUGGUGAUCCACAUUUACGUGGUGCAUGUGCAAAUUUACUUGCUAAAUUAAUUCAAACAACAGUACAUCUUUUAACAAUAUCUCCGCCAAUAUCAUCAUUAUCAAAUUCAUUUAAUAAUUCAUUUAUUAAUCAAUGUUCACUUGUAUCAAUCGAUUCACAAGAAAGUUCAAGAUUAGAUAUUCAAUUAGGUAUAUUAGCUGAAUUACUUUCUACAUUUCGAUUAUGUCUUAAUGAUACAAAUGCACGUGUUAUACAUGUUUCAUUAAAUGCUUUACGAACAUUAUUACCAGUUUUAUUAAUUAAUAGUCAUGCAUUAACAAUCAUUGGAAUUGAAUUAUUAGAAGAUUCUAUUCAACAUAGUACAAGUUCUUAUGUUCUUGCUAAAGUUGCUCUAGCUCAACUUAUUGGUGAAAUUGAUUUUCGAAUAUUAACUUAUCUUGAACAACAACAACAAUUAAAAAAAACUAAUCGAUCAUGGCUUGAUCGUUGUAUUGAUAUUAUUUUACAAUUUCUUACUGAUGAUGAUACACGUGUUCGUCAAGUAGCUGCUUCAACUUUUGCUAAGUUUGUUGAUCAUAGUUCAUUUUUACCGUGUCAAUGGCCAAUACAUUAUUUACUUAAAUGGAUUAAUUCUUCUUGUCAAUGGAUAUAUAAAUUUCAUCAUUCAUUACAACAAUCAAAUACUUCUAUGAUAAUAUCAAAUGAUGAAGUACAAUGUGAAACAAUAUCAUGUUUAUCAACAUUAAUAUUUGAUCAUUUAGCUCAAGCAUCAACUCGAAUACAAAUUGUUGGAUGUUUAGAAGGUAUUUAUGCUCUUUUAAAUGUUCUUAAACCAACAACAAUUCGAUCAUUUUUUCAUAAUCAAUAUGAUGAACUACGUUUACUUAUACAUUUUUUUAAACAUCCAUUUAUAUUACAUGAUCUUAAUAAUUUACAAUUAUUACUUGAUAUUAUGAAUUUAAUCUUUUCAAAUUUAUCAAAUGAUAUGAAUGAUAUUCAAUCAGCAGAAAAAGUUUUUCAUUUUUUAAUCAAAAUUUUAUCUAUAUUUGCUUGUGUUGUUGAAGAUACAAGUCCACCAAUUCCACAAACAUCAAAAAUAAAUUUUCCACCUAUUCCUGCGUCACCUCAGCAAAUAAAAAAACGUUUUGAAAGUAGCAUGACUGAUUCAAAGAAUGAAAAAGAUUCAAAUAAUAUUGAUAAUACAAAUUUAAUGACAUCAAGUAAAGAUUCAUCAAUGACAUCAAGUAUAACAAGUAUGGAUAAAGAUAAAAAAGUUAAUCGUACACAAUUAGGUGCUUUUGGAAAUAAUCCAUCAAUGAUGAAAUUAUUCGAAUUAAUACGUACAUCAUAUCAAAUACAUAAAAGUGUAUUAAAUUCAUCUGAAAAUGAUCGUUUUGAACAAUUACUUUCAAUAACAUUAAUGUGUAUGAAAUCAGUAUUAAGUCUUAUUUCUACACAAGAUUUAUCAAAACAUUUAGAAGAAACACUUAAUUAUCUUAAAUCAACAUUUAAUGUUGAUAAAAUAAAAACUAUUCAAUGUACACAAGAGUUUUUAUUAAACCUUCAUCAAUUAGCAAUUGUGGCACCAUCAUCUGUUGAAACAAAAUCUUCAAAUGUUUCUUCACAAAUACCAUUAAAUAAUUCUUUAACUAAUAUUCAUACAAUAACUAUUCGACAACCGAUGAUUUAUUUAUUUGGUUCACGUCAUGCAUCAAGUAUAAAUAGUGAUCAAUCAAUAGAAAAUAGUGUCAUACGAGAUUUUUAUUUAACUAAAAAACAACAAAAAACAAUUGAAUAUUUAAAACAUCCACCAAAUCGAAAUGAACGUACAAAAAUAGGCAAUUAUAUUCGUUUAUUUGAACCUAUUGUUAUACUUAGUCUUAAAAAAUAUGUUAAUUCAAAUGAAAGUGAUUUUCAAGCUUCUGUACUCGAUUUACUUGUUCAAUUACUAUUAAUACGUGUUAAUUAUAGUUUAUUAGAUGCUGAUGAACAUUUUCUUACUCAUAUAAUUAAUCAACUUGAAAUGAUUGAAGAAACUAUAGCAGGUUAUGAUGUAUCAUCACAUUUUAUUUAUCGUAUUGCUGAAUUUCUUGUUAUGUUAUCACAUGAUACACUUCAUUCAAAACAAGUUAUUAAAGUACAAGAUUUAAUAAAACAUUGUGAUUCAUUAUUAGCAAGUGGACAUGAACCUGAAACACAUGCUUUAUCAGCAUUAGAACCAGUUGUAUAUGAUUUAUUUCUUGUUCGACUUAAAACAGAUAAUAAAGAAUUAGAAGCACAACGAAUGGUUAUUGUUCAAACAUUACUUAAACUUGUUCGAUAUAAUAAAGCUUUACAAUUGUUAACAGUUAUUGUUGAUAGUGUUCGAAAUGAAGGUGAUAAAUGGAAACGUCUUUCACGACAAAUUGUCGAUGUACUUCUUGUUCAUUUACAAUCACAUGUUGCUAUUGGUUCAUCUAAGAAUCAAACACUUUUGGAUCUUUAUUCUACACAAUUAACAUUAUUUGAUGUCGUAUCAUCAGUUGCAUUACGACCAAUUGAUCCAUUUGUUGUUGCUUUUCGAGCAUUAGCAAAUAGAAAUGAUAUCAAUCAUCAUACUAUAAAUCGAUGGUUAAUGAAUAUAAAUAUAAUUCUUCGAUGUCUUGUACAAAAUUCAACUGAAGAUGCUAUAUUAACACGAUGGAAUGAUGCUUUAUCAUCAGUUAAUGGAACACGAAAUGAAACUUUUAGUGCAGCUCUUCUUCGUAUUUUACAUGAUGUAGUAUUACGACUUUUAACUAAUACUCGACAAUUACGUGGUCAAAUUGAUAUGACAUUAGUUUUUCUUACAUCCGAUUAUCUUUAUUUACUUAUGCAUAUUAUGGAAAAUGCUAAACAAUUUCGAACAAUUAUAUAUGAUUUUCGUCAAUUAUUAAUUCAUGAUGAAACUGAUGAAACUGUACAUCGUCUUGAUACAUUUUCAUAUUUAACUAUAUUAAGUGAAUAUUUUAAAUUAUUAUCAUCAUUUUAUAUACCAUUAUUAUUACAAUGGACACAUAUUCUUAAUAUGCUUGAUUAUAUACAAGAAGCAUGGUGGUCAUCAAUGUUAUCAAUAUUAAUACCAUCAUCAUUAAUAACACAUUUAUCUAUAAGUGGUCAAUUACAAUCAUAUUGUGAUUUAAUAUGUCGUCAUGAAUUAUAUGUUGAACAUUUAACAUCAAUAAUAACACAUUAUCAAUUAUUAUUUUUUUUAUUUGAACAAAGUGAUACAUGUACAUAUGUACAUAAUUUAUUUGGUCUUAUACAUCGUACAUCAGUUGCAAGUCAUUUAUUUGUUGAAUCAAUAUAUACUAAUUGGGAUAAUUUAUUAAAACGAAAUAAAUUAUUAUUAUCAUUAAAAAUUCUUCGUACACUUGAAGGAAUACAUUUAGAUGAAAGUGGUCUUUUAUUAGUUUUAUUAAUUGAACAAUUUCUUCAAUUACCAUAUAUAUCUAUAUUACGUUUAGCUGAAUUAAUUGUUUGUCGUCGUAUUGAAAUGAUGUUAACACUUGAUGAACAAACAUUAAAUAAACAAUUAUUACCUAAAUAUUUACCAUUAAUAUUACAAAUAUUAUCAACAACAAAAAUAAAUAAUGAUAAUAAAUCAAAUGAACAUCUUUGUGCACUUAUACAACGUUUAAUUAGUAAAAUGAAUUAUAUAACAACAAUAUCAAUGGAUAUAAUUAAACAAGAUUUUAAUAAUCUUAAUUGUCAUGAUGAAGAUUUUAUACUUAAUUGGAUAAAAAAAGUGAAUUGUCCUAUGGAUAUAACACCAAAAAUUUAUGCACAAAUGCUUAAAAAUGUAACUUAUAAAAAAUUAUUACCAUUUAUGAUGUCACCGGAUUUUGUAUGGUUAUCAAUGCCUCAUUGUCUUGUCCUUGGUAUAAAUAUUCCAUCAUUAUGGCGUGCAUCAACAGGUGCAUUAAUUAAAAAAAUUAAUGAUCUAUGUUUUUCUUUACCAACACAACGAUUAAUAUCAAAUGAAAUAAAUUUAAAUGAUGAUGAAACAACACCUGAUACAAUUUAUAUUAAAAGUCUUUUAUCAUGUUCAAAUAAUCAACCAUAUUUAAUUGCAUUAAUAGAUUCUAUAUCAAUUUAUUUUGAUACAAUACAAAAUCAUAUUGAAUUAACAUGUCAAUUUUCAACAGGUGAUACACGUGAUUUAUUACGUUUUAUAAUAUUUAUAUCUGAAUUUAUUUAUAUUAAUCUAUUUCAAAAAAAAUCAUUUCUUAGUUGGAAUUUAAUUGAAAAUUUUUUUCGUUGUUUAACUAAAACAAUACAUAAUCCAACAUCAAUUAUAUAUCAAUUACUUAGUGGAACAGAUCAAAUAAUAUCAUGUUGUACAUUAUCAAAAACUAUAUUAUCAAUAUUUGAAUAUCUUUAUCAACGACAUGGUUUAAUUGUAACAAAUAAACAAACAAAUCAAUUAUUACAAUCAUAUUUAAAUUUAAUUGAACCAGAUAAUCGACCAUUUACACAAUUAUUACUUAUAUCAUUUAAUGAUCUUGAUCGUCUUUAUUAUUUAACAAAAAAAAUUAAAUAUAUACCAUAUUUUUAUCGAUAUGAUUUACGUCGUAUAGCUAUAUUAUUAUUUCGUUUACCAAUAUUUAAUUCAUUUAUACGUAUACCAAGACAAUUUUGGGAACAACAUUAUCAAGAUAUAAAUAAAUUACAAUUUGGUUUAAAUGAUUAUUGUUUAUCAUCAUUUUCUGUUGAUUUAUUACAACAUUCAGAUAUAAUGGCUGAUUAUAUUGAACGUAUAUCAUUUGUUGGUUGGUUAUCACGAACACAAUUUCAAGAAAUAUGGGUUUCAUUUUUAGCUUCAAUUAAUCCACCAAAUUCAUCUAAUAAUGAAAAUGAACAAACAACAAAUAAUUUAACUAAAGAAGAAAUUUUAGAAACAAAUGCAACACAAUGUGUAUGGAUUCGUGGUGUAACAACAUUUUUAUUAAAUGCACUUCGAUUAAAUUGUACAGGAAAUCCAGCUGAUAUGACAUUUGAACAUCGAUGUCGAAAUAAAUCUAUUCCAUUUUUAUUAACGGAUAUUGGUGGUCAAUAUAUGCAAACACGUUCAACAUUAGAUACAAGUUCAAAUAAUUUAUUUAAAAAUAUUGAACGAUUAGGUACACAAGAUUUAUUAUCCUAUGGACAACUUUCAUAUGAUACUAUAUUAACAUCAAUUCAAAGUAAUAAUACAUUACCAUUACCAGUUAAUAGUUUAUUCGAUCGUUUAUUUUCUCGUCAUGGUCUUGAUUUAACAUCAUCAUUACAAAUUCUAAUUGAAUUAUAUGUUCGUUGGUUAACAACAAAUUCAAAUAAUUUAUGUCUUCAAUUAAAAUAUGAAUUAAUACGUUCAUUUAUAUAUCUUUCUGAUUUAUUUACAUCAUCACAACAAUUAUCAAAUUUAUAUGAUUUAUGUGAUGAAUAUUUUCGUACAUGGUUUGAUGAAGAUGAUUUAAUGAUAUCAUUAAUAAGUUAUGGUUUAUGUAAAUCAGGUAUAUUACUUGGACAAACAACAAAAGAAUAUAAUGAAUUAUAUAUACGUUUAAUUGAACGUAAUUUUAAAUUAAUAAGUAAAACUCAUGCAUAUGCAUCAUGUUUAUUUUUACUUGAAAGUCAUGAAGAUGAUUUAAAUAAAUUAUUAAUACCAAUUAUAAUACAAGAAAUAAAUAAUGAUAUACAAAAUAAUACAUUAAAAUAUAAUUUAGAUAUACGUUUAAAUGGUUUUAUAUUAUCAAAUUUAUUUUAUUUAAUUGAAAAUAAUUAUUUAAAUUCAUAUGAUAUUUUAUUAUCAUUAAUUAAAGAUGAUAUAUUAGAUAUAAAUGAUAAUUUAACACAAAAAAUUAUAUCAAUUGGUUUAGAAAGACUUUUAAUACUUGGUCAAUAUCCUAAAAAUGAUAUAUGGCGUUUAUAUAAACGUUCAAUAACAAUAAUACGACAAUCAUCAUGGUUAAAUAUUGAUCAUCUUAUUUUAAUACUUGCACGUAUUUAUACAUUAUUACAACGACCAAAUGAAAAUACAAAUUCAUUAAAUACUGAACAUAUUAAUGAAGAACAAGAAAUGAUUGAUAGUUCAUCAAUAAUAUCAUCAUCCGAUAAUAUUCUUAUUGAAUUUGUUGGAGAAUUAUAUGAACGUACUAAACAAUCAUCAACAUUACCAUAUGAAGCUUUACUUCUAUUACGACCAUUACCAUUAUUACUUGCACAUAUUGGUUUAUCGGAUCGUUUAAUGAAUAAAAUGGUUUUAGAAUUUGCUGCAUCAACACAACAAUUAUAUCCUCAAAUACUUGCUUAUACAGUUUUUGCUGUUUUUCGUGCUUUAAUUAAUGCACAUUAUUCAGCUAAAGUUAAUGAAUGGACUUUAUUAUCAAUGACAAGUAUUGCACAAAGAAAACCAAUACGUAUGGCUAUAUGGGGAUUAACUUGUCUUAUGUUAAGUGCAUGUCCAUCACAUACAAUUGCUGAUGCCUUGUUUCCAUUGACGUUAUCACGUUUUAGUGCUCGUUUUGAAGAAUUAGACAAUCGUUUAUUUCUUCUUGCUGGUCGAGAAUAUUAUCUACAGUUAACAAAUAUUGAACAACGACGUCAAUUUGAACAAGCAUUCACAAAUGAAUCAAAUACAGAAAAAUUAUAUGCUGAUUUACUUGCACAUAUUCAAGAUACGAUCUUAUCAUCGUCUUGA